AUGCUCGCGCCACCCCGAACCCUACAUCCCGGUCCUUCGGAGGACGAAGUACUCGUCCAGAUUACUCACUCCGGUAUUUGCGGAACGGAUGAGCACUACAGACACGCCAAUAUUGUACUCGGACACGAAGGUGCAGGAACUGUGGGUGCUAUAGGUACCAAAGUGACCUCGCUAAAAGUUGGCGACCGUGUGGGCUGGGGGUAUGGACACGGCAGCUGUCGCAAAUGCAAGUACUGUUUGCGUGGAGACGAGCUAUACUGCAACCAACGCAAGAUCUACGGGGAAUCUAGUCUCGACCAAGGAUCCUUUGCUCAUGCGGCGAUAUGGCCCGAGGAUUUCCUCUACAAGAUCCCGGACGAAAUUUCCAAUGCCGAAGCAGCACCUUUGAUGUGUGCUGGAAGUGCAGUAUUUUCGCCAUUGCAUAAAUUCCAAGUCGCCUCAACCUGUCGUGUGGGUGUUAUUGGAGUUGGAGGGCUUGGGCAUCUUGCCAUUCAAUUCGCUGCAAAGAUGGGCUGUCAAGUGGUCGUGCUGUCGAGGACCCAGUCAAAAAAAGAAGAGGCGUUGGCUCUUGGAGCUAGCGAGUUCCAUGUCUUUGAGGGAUAUCCUCCCGUCAUGGACCCAUUGGAUCAUAUCCUUGUCACUUCAGCGGCACAGCCAGAGUGGGAUGCUAUCUUUCAAAUAAUGGCUCCGGGAGGCACCAUUUACGCCCUUACCGUCGAUAUGGAUGAGAUGAAGUUUCCGUAUCUGCCGUUGGUCAUGAAAGCCCUACGGAUACAAGGCAGUCUACCCACAGCCCGAGGAAAUCAACGGGAAAUGUUGCAGUUUACUGCUCGCCAUUCUGUCAAGCCUAUUGUGAUGACCUUCCCGCUGAAUCAAAAUGGGAUGGAAGAGGCGAUGGAGACCCUUCGGCAAGGAAAAAUGAGGUAUAGGGGGGUUUUAGUCCACAAUAGGGGGAAAAUGAGGGGAAUGCACACAACUUUCCGAUCCGGCACAAAGGCAUUGAGAGGGGGUGGGGGCGGUGGUUUGAUCGAGCUAGUACCAGUAAAUGUACGGCUUUCAUUAUUUUCCAAGAUUGAGGGUUUGUUGGGCAAUUCUAAAAUGAGAGUCGAGCACAAAUAA